AUGUCAAUAUGUCAAGCCUCGAGGCAGGCCACUCGCCCCGCAAUCCGACAGCGCAUCUCUACAAUUAUCCCUAGACAUAGCACUCCAAGCGCCCCAAGGUCAGUGCGAUGGCUAUCCUCCACCUCGGUGCGGGCCAGUGAUGGUUCAAAGGCAGACCCGUAUCGUUCGUCAAGCACGGCAGCAGCGCCUUUUGAUAAGGAAGCACAUGAAGGUAGCUUCUCUCGGACAGACAGAGGUGUCAGCUUCGAGUAUCCAGCCGAGCAGGACUUUCCACGCAGCCAAAUUGUCCAAGGACGGGGAGGCCCGCACUUUAAAAGAACCCUUCCUUCCUUCUCACUUGAGGGCAGAGUAGCUGUUGUAACUGGUGGUGCUCGAGGGUUGGGUUUGGUUAUGGGCCAGGCAUUGGUGGCAAGUGGAGCUGACCUGGCCAUCGUUGAUCUGAAUAACGACGAGGCAGCACACCAAGCCAAGGAGCUGGUAGCCCACUUCGAAAAGGAGAACCCUGCAUCUGAAGGAGAUGACCGUGCGAAAAUUCCCAAUGGCAAAAAGUCCGGCGUAUCUAGAACCCCCAAAGUCACGGCACACUACUCUGAUGUGGCGGAUCCGGAUUCUGUCACCAGCGCACUGUCCGAGAUCAUCAAAGAACAUGGCAAGAUCGAUCACCUGGUCACCUCCGCAGGUUUCACCGAGAACUACGAUGCCGUUGCCUAUCCAUACGACCGGAUGAAGAAGCUAUGGGGUGUAAACGUGGAUGGCACAUAUCUCUUCUCAACUGGCGUGGCGAAACAUUUGAUGGAGAGAAACGCGCCAGGAAGCAUCGUCAUGAUAGGAAGCAUGUCCGGUGCGAUUGUCAACGUGCCGCAGCCACAAGCUCCGUACAAUGCAGCAAAAGCAGCAGUCCGACACUUGGCCGCGAGUUUGGCAGUGGAAUGGGCGCAUGCAAAUAUCCGAGUUAACUGCAUCAGUCCCGGAUAUAUGUUGACCGCUUUGAAAAUCCUGGACGAUAAUCCCAACCUUAAGAGCCAGUGGACCUCUUUGAUUCCUGUGGGCAAGAUGGGCAGACCAGAAGAUUUGAUGGGAGCUGUAACUUUCUUGUUGAGUGAUGCCAGCGGAUAUGUCACAGGCGCAGAGCUCAGAGUUGAUGGAGGAUACACCGUGACCUGA